AUGGCCAACUUCGAGGAUUGGGUGUCAGAUGAGGAGAAGGUACGCAUAGCUGCUAAAUUCAUCACUCACACACCCCCAGGGGAAUUUAAUGAAGUGUUCAACGAUGUCCGGCUACUACUUAAUAAUCACGGUCUCCUCAGGGAAGGGGCAGCACAUGUACUUGCCCAGUAUAACAUGGGUCAAUUCAUGCCUGUGAAGAUAGAAGGAUAUGAAGAUCAGGUCUUAAUUACAGAACACGGUGACCUGGGUAAUAGCAGAUUUUUAGAUCCAAGAAACAAAAUUUCCUUUAAGUUUGAUCACUUACGGAAAGAAGCAAGUGACCCUCAGCCAGAGGAAGUAGAUGGAGGUCUGAAGUCUUGGAGAGAAUCCUGUGACAGUGCUUUAAGGGCCUGUGUGAAAGAUCAUUAUUCCAACAGCUUCUGUACUGUUCAUGCUAAAACUAUAGAUGGGCAACAGACUGUUAUUGAAGAAAUGGCAUCCAUAUAUGCCAUAUGUAUUGAAAGCCACCAGUUUCAGCCUAAAAACUUCUGGAAUGGUCGUUGGAGAUCAGAAUGGAAGUUCACCAUCACACCCUCUACAGCCCAAGUGGUUGGAGUACUUAAGAUUCAGGCUCACUGUUAUGAAGAUGGCAAUGUUCAGUUGGUUAGUCAUAAAGAUGUACAGGAUUCAGUAACUGUUUUGAAUGAAGUCCAAACUGCCAAGGAGUUUAUUAAAAUCAUAGAGCAUGCAGAAAAUGAGUAUCAGACAGCAAUUAGUGAAAACUAUCAAACAAUGUCAGACACCACGUUCAAGGCCUUGUGCCAGCAACUUCCAGUUACCUGCACCAAAAUCGACUGGAACAAGAUACUCAGCUACAAGAUUGGCAAAGAAAUGCAGAAUGCUUAAAGGCUGAAUGUAGGAUUCUUCAGUACAUGGAAAGAAAGGAUUCAAUGUGUGGUCAUAUGAUAAAUAAGUGAUUUAUAAACAAGAGUGAUAUUUUUCUAGGGCUUUCAAAGUUAACAGGUUUUCUAGCCUCAUGGAAUACUGUUGAACUUAUAGCAUUGUCUUGAUUCUUUUGUGUUUUCUGCCUUGUAAUUUUCUGUUUUCACUAUAUCUACUUGUAAAUCUUUUUUUUUUUUUUUUUUUAAUUCUGCCACAUUUAAUGAUGGAGAGAGAUAUCUAUCCUGGAGUCAUUUUACUAUUUAGAAAAUUUUCCUAGCCAUGAAGCCCUGUUACUGACAUAAACAGGUAAUAUGUUCAGUACUUUUCUACCCCAUCCUUCAAAGCACUUCUGGUACUUCACUGGUUUUUACUGAUCAACCAACAGCUAAAGAGGCUAUGCUACAAACUAUAGCUGAAUGGAAGACACAUUCAUUCUUCU